AUGGGUUCUAGUGGCGUGCAGGUCUCACAUGGGUGGCUGGAUACCAUAAAGGCUCUGCUCUUCCCAUGCUCCGACAGCAAGGACCCUCGAAGUGAGUCUGUCUCUGGUGUGUUCGGCACCCAUCCCAUGGACGACAGUCUCAUGAGGCGCGAAGCACUGAACCGACAAGGCCUACCAGAAAAGAAUUACUACCAGGUCUACUAUGACCAGCCUGCACCGAUGCCGCCGCCCCGGGCGCAAAGACAGCGGUCCUUGUCCAUGGGAAAGGUGCGGAAAGAGAGUAAGAGGGCCGCAGCAAAACAAGGAGAUAUCGGCUGGAUCGACCGGAAUUUUCGCUCUGGCAAGAGGAAAGCGCCUCGACCGAUGAUAUCGAACCCUUUUGACUUCCAGCACACUGGUACGGGAGCUGUCAAUUUCAUGACCUCGACAGCAGACUUGCCUCGAUCUGCCCCACCAUUUCGGCCGCUUGAGCUGAGCAUCUACCAAGCGGACGAGCAAAUAUCACCACUGCUGCCGUAUUUCACUCAGAACACUGCGCCGUCACCACCCCAGCGGGCACUCACUAGGGACACCUUCGACGAAGAUGCCAGCACCCUGGCCCAUUCGCGGAGCUAUUCGUCUCAGUCAUUCCACAUCCCAAGACGUCCUGUGAACGAUGUGGCGUCUUUCACAACUGCAACAAGCAGUACUGGAGACAGUCCUCCGAGGAUACCACCACGUGCUCGCACCCGACCCCGAGCUUACACCUCACCGAGCGUGGAAGCCAUCGUGGAGCGUAUCGCAAGCGCAAUGAUCGAGAAGGAAAAGCUCGACAUGGAGAUCGAGUCGGUCAAAGAGCGGCAAAGCUUUUGUUUGAGCCGGCCGUCAUCAAUAUAUGGCGUGGCUGAGGAUGAAGAACCCAUGCCUCCUGUCCCACUCAUGCCACCAUCGGGUCCAUCAUUCGCAGAGCGCCUUAGCAUAGACCGCCCUCGGACUGCGCCCUCGACUCGAUCCACAUUUGACAUCAACCCUCCUUUCCCCCCUCCUCCUCCACCGCGAAACCAGCACCGCUCUCAAAGCAUUGACGAGCCAAGAGCUCAGCAGGAACCGCCCUCGGCACCACCGAGGCCUGUGCCUGAGUCCGCAUUCAACUCCCACCCUCCGUGGUGCAGCCCCCAAAUCAUUGACAACAGCGUCAACAUAAGCGUCCCUCUCGCACCACCUCUACCGCUGAUCCUCAGGCCUCCCUUGCGGAAGAAGAAGUCAUUCUCGCGCGUGUCAAGCUGGCUAUUCCCCGCGGGCGUGGAAGACCGCGAACAAGUCCCUUCUCCGCAACACAGGCGCGAGGUUUCACUCGACAGCGUCACCAACGCACCCCGCGCACUCACUGACCGCGACGGGUUCUACCAAACCCUACCGCCGUCGGCUGUCUUUUCCGGCCGGAGGAGCAGCUUCGGAUCCAUGUCGGAUAUCACACGAAGCCAGACGCACUCGGUGUACUCUACCGACGAAGACCCAUUCAUUGGCCCUGGAACAACCACGGCGACAUCUAAUUGGAGCCCUGGGAGCACACCGCCUGAGGCCGCGAGGAGGAAGGACAGUGCCUCUACUUCUGGAUACAUGAGUGGGCAUUCGGCGAGUCUGAGCCUGUCCCGAACUGGGACCUUCGGUAGCCGUGAAAGGCCUGUGGAUGGAGUCGCAGUACAAGGCCCACGGCCCACUUCAGUUGGCGUUGCUUUCUAA